AUGCCUCGGUGUCAUAAAUUAUCAUCUCUCUCCAACCCAAUCUGUUAUGGUCUGCCAUCUGCAGACCAUAGUCAUGUCCAUCGAGCCCUCCGGUCAUUUUCAGCAAACCGACUUUCGUGCUCGCUGCGUCUAUCUCCAUUGCCGCUGAUUCUGACAGUUGACUUUCUCACCUCGCUCUUUGUAGAUAUCUAUCUAUCUAUCUAUCUAUCUAUCUAUCUAUCUAUCUAUCUAUCUAUCUAUCUAUCUCAGUCCGUUGAUAUCUAUCUAUGUAUAUAUCUCAGUCUGUUCAUAUCUAUCUAUCUAUCUAUCUAUCUAUCUAUCUAUCUAUCUAUCUUAGUCUGUUCAAAUCUAUCUAUCUAUCUCAAUCUAAACAUAUCUAUUUGGCUUACGGCCAAAUCACUUGGAAACACCGGUUCUCGUACGAUCACCGAAGUUAAGCAACCUCGAGCCUGCCGUAAAAAACAAAUUACUCGAUCAAUUAAUAUCUAUCUAUCUAUCUAUCUAUCUAUCUAUCUAUGGAUGCAUUUAGCACUACUUGGGAAGACGGCUGUAAGAGGAGGAGGGAAAUCUAUCUAUCUAUCUAUCUAUCUAUCUAUCUAUCUACCUAUCUAUCUAUCUAUCUAUGUCUGUCCAUAUCUAUCUAUCUAUAUUAACUAUCUAACUAUCUCGGUCUGUUUAUAUCUAUAUCAGUCUGUUAAUAUCUAUCUCUUUAUCUAUCUAUCUAUCUAUCUAUCUAGGUCUCUCUAUAUCUAUCUCAGUCUGUCCAUUAUCUAUCUAUCUAUCUAUCUAUCUAUCUAUCUAUAUAUCUAUCUAUAUAUCUAUCUAUGCCAGUCUGUUCAUAUCUAUGUCAGUCUGUUCAUUAUCUAUCUAUCUAUCUAUCUAUGUCAGUCUGUUUCCAUAUCUAUCUAUCUAGCUAUCUAUCCAAGUCUCUUUAUAUCUAUCUAUCUAAAUCUCUUCAUAUCUAUCUAUCUAUCUAUCUAUCUAUUUCAGUCUGUUUCCAUAUCUAUCUAUCUAGCUAUCUAUCCAAGUCUAUUUAUAUCUAUCUAUCUAAAUCUCUUCAUAUCUAUCUAUCUAUCUAUCUAUCUAUCUAUCUAUCUGUCUGUCUGUCUGUCUGUGUCUGUCUAUCUAUCUAUCUAUCUAUCUAUCUAUCUAUCUAUCUGGUGUUACUGGCGGAACAAAUACUCAUAUUCUCUCUCUCUCUCUCUCUCUCUCUCUAUCUAUCUAUCUAUCUAUCUAUCUAUCUAUCUAUCUCACACAUAUAUACACAUUGUUUAA